AUGACACAUCGAUGUAUACUCGUCAUUUUUCUUCUCUUCGUUUGUCAUCGUGAAUUUCCAGUUGACGCUGCAUUAUUUUCUUGUAAAACAAAGUUUUCAUGCGGUUGCUCAAAAUCUAAUGUUAAUAUCAACACAAGAAUAGUCGGAGGCGAAGUGGCUAUGGAUCAUAGCUGGGGUUGGGCCGUUUCAAUACGAAGCAAUUUCGGAAGUCAUUUCUGUGGUGGAAUGAUCAUCUCUCCUCGUUAUGUUCUUACAGCAGCACAUUGUGUCGAGGACUACAUAUCCUCAGCUAAUCUAAUAUCAGUUGUUAUAGGUACAAACUCGUUGAAAACUGCUGAAGGACAACGGUUCACGUUAUCACGCGUCUUUAGCCAUCUUGGCUACAAUUUGAAGACAAGAGAAAAUGACAUUGCUCUUCUUCAGCUUAGCAAUGCAAUUGAUUUUAAGAACGACAAUGUAGCUAAAAUUUGUCUUCCAAAUGUCAAAUUAACUGAACAAUCUCUAUAUCCGCUUGAGGCCAAGCCACUUGUAGCGAUUGGUUGGGGACAUAUUACUUUCAACGGUAGUGUGUCUAAUUCAUUGCGACAAGUAACAGUCAAGACGGUUGCAAGUAACGAGUCGAAAUGUAAAUAUUCCAUUCGAAAUACUUACCUGCAAUUUUGCGCUGCAGUUGACGGUGGAGGAAAAGAUACAUGUCAAGGUGAUUCCGGUGGUCCGUUGAUGUUUUAUUCUCAACCGAAUCAAGUGUGGAUACUUGCAGGUAUAACAUCGUACGGCUAUCGAUGCGCAUUACCAAACUACGCUGGUGUUUAUACGCGAAUAAGUGCCUAUAUGACUUGGAUCCAGUCAAUUGUAGGGAACGAUGGUAUCGUAACUAUCCAGCAAAUCCAGGCAACAAUUUUCUAUUGCAAAUCAACGGAUCCAUGCGGCUGUUCACGUAACAAUGUUGAUAUCAAUUUAGAUGUGAUUCGUGGCGAGUCCGUCGCCUAUCGUAGUUGGGGCUGGGCGAUUUCUGUACGUGAUUCCUCUGGCAUGCACAUCUGUGGUGGUACCAUUAUAUCCAAAUCAUUUAUUUUAACAGCAGCACAUUGUUUUGUGCGAAUUUCAGAAGAAUAUUUUCCUUAUUCGGUGUUUAUGGGUAUCGAUACAUUAGAUAGUACAGCUGGUCAUAUACGUUUAAUAUCUCAUGUUUUUAUUCAUCCUAAAUGGAAUUUUACCAGUCAAGAAAACGACAUUGCUCUACUUAAACUAAAUGGAUCGAUCCCAACGCACGAUGUGAACAUCGCAAAAAUCUGUCUGCCUGAUGUGAUCGAACCCGAUCAAGUACAUUAUCCGUUGAUACAUUCAUCUCUAAUUGCUAUCGGUUGGGGUAUAACAGCAUGGGAAGAUUUAAUAUCACCCAUGUAUCUGCGACAAGUAUUACUGGAGGCCAUCGAUAGUACUGAGUCGAAAUGUAGUAACAUAAUAAAGAACUUUCGUUUACAAUUUUGUGCUGCUAUCCAAGGAAGAGGGAAAGAUACAUGCGAAGGAAAUUCGGGUGGUCCAAUCAUGCAUUUUUCGACAGCUAAACGUCGUUGGAUAUUGACAGGUAUUAUAUCUUAUGGUUAUCGUUGUGGCCUACGUGAUUACAUAGGUGUUUACACCCGAAUUAGUGUUUACAUCGAUUGGAUUAGAUUAAUCGUUGGUAACGAUGGCAUUGUAACUGUGAAAGAAAACCUUGCGUGUACUCAUCAUCGAUCGCGUAUAACUGUCCUUUCGUUGUUAUUGUUCUUUAUCUGUUUGUCUCAUGUACACAUACUUUAA